ACUAAGCACCAAUACAAGCCCUGGUUGCAUUACGUGCAUCUGCUGAAGAUCGAUCAGUAGCUACCCAAACCAAAUUCGAUUCUGGCCUCGUUUUGUAUUUCCAAUUGAUUGGCAUCUACCAAACCAGCAGCACGCGAAAUGAAGCAAAAGAUCGUCAUCCAGUUAGGCAUGUCCUGCGACAAAAGCCGGUCCAAAGCCCUCACAAUGGCCGCCAGAGCAGCCGGGGUGACGUCGAUGGAGAUUACCGGCGACGCGAGGGACCGGCUGGAGGUGGUCGGCGACGGCGUCGACUCGGUGUGCCUCGUCAGCUGCCUCCGCAAGAAGCUCGGCCACGCCCAAAUCAUCAAGGUGGAGGAAGUGAAGAAGCCGGAGGAGAAAAAGGAGGACCCGAAGCCGGCCGUGCCCGUGCCCGUGCCCGUGAACCCGCCGCAGUACUACUUCCCGCCGGCCGGCUACUACCACCACCAUUACCCGACGCACAUGGUGGUCUGCGAGGAACAGCCUAGCAACUGCCCGACCAUGUAACUGCCGGAGAACGAUUUUGACAUACUUUAGUUUUGUCGGCAACUAUACUUGCAUACAUGUACUACUUAUAAUAACAGUUUAUAAUAAAUUGA